AGAAAACAAAUAUGUUGGCAUUUUUGUUGUUGUCAUUCCCUGGGAAAAGCUAAAAGUUAGACGCACAAUCCAGUUGGCAUAUUGUUAAAAUUUUAAUUAAUAGCAAGCAACGAAAAAGCUGUAACAACUGAGAAUCAAAUAUAAACAAUAAAAUAUAUAUUGCUACAUACAAAGAGAAGUGCUAGUAAAAGUGAUACAAAAUGCUAAAACUAUUUAAAAAAUCAAAAGAAAAGAUACCAAAGUCGGAAAUUAUAACCGAACCAAAAGAGCCAAAAACUCCUCCAGUUUCUAAAUGUGGCAAACCUUUGCUAUUGGAUAAUUCACGUUGGGAGCGUCGCCUGCACAAAGAGCUCAUGUCACUGAUAAAGGAGCCACCACCAGGUGUUACAGUGGAUACAGAAAGUGUACAACAAAACUUAUCCGAAUGGAAGAUAAAUAUCAAAGGUUUCGAGGGCACACUUUAUGAGGGCGAGGACUUUCAGUUAUUGUUUAAAUUUAAUAAUAAAUAUCCAUUCGAUUCACCAGAGGUGACCUUUAUUGGGAACAAUAUUCCAGUUCAUCCACAUGUCUAUAGCAAUGGACAUAUCUGUUUAUCUAUAUUGACUGAGGACUGGUCGCCAGCUUUGUCCGUGCAAUCGGUGUGCCUGAGCAUAGCUUCGAUGCUAAGCAGUUGUCGCGAAAAGAAGCGACCACCCGAUAAUACACUCUAUGUUAAGACUUGCAAUAAAAACCCCAAAAAGACGAAAUGGUGGUAUCACGACGAUUCUGUUUAGUUAGCACACGUUUUUUGUCUACUGCCUAUUUGCUUGGCGCUACUUGCAACAAAUAACACCAAUAAAAACAUUCAAAAUUACUUUACGCUGCCGAUAGCAAGAGAAAUUCACAAUCAAUCCAACCAAAUUCAACUUAAUAUUUGGGUCUACUUGAAGUCUAGCCUCACUUAAAAAGAAAAUUAACUGUGACACUACAUUCUCAAAGGAAAAGGGAAAAGUUGAUAUACAAGGAAUAUAAAGGAAAUCGCAAGUCCAACAACAGCAACAGAAAAAUAUUAUAAACGCCUUGAAUAUCCCAAGGCGUGACAUGUAUAAACAAAUACCUAUAAUGUUAACAUUUUUAAAAUUAGCUUAAGAACCAAAAUCACAAAAUUUACGUCUAAAUUAUAUGUUAAUCAUAUUUCCUACCACCUAAACAAAAAAAUCACAUUUGUAAAUAUUGUACAUCUUCGCUCUUCUACAAAAACAAAAAUGGUGCAAGGGGAAGCACACUAAAACUGCAUCCCACAUUCCAUUGCACCCAUUUAAAAGAGAGCUGCUGAGAUAUACAUUUUUUAAAUUUUAGCCAUUUCCUCAUGAGUUGAGUUUGGAACUCAUUUUCGCAGACACAUCAAAUGUUAAAUAUGCUACAUUUCACUUUGUUGUCCCCAGUUGUGCUCAUUUCAUUGUUCGAACCUUUCUGUAAAUCAUCGCAAUUUGUUAUCAACUUCGUCGUGAUUAUCAUUGUCAUCUGUGGCCAAACCAAUCUCGCAUGUGUUACCGAAAAAAAAAUAUAUAAACAUUUACCUCUUACUGUUGUGCAAGUAGAUAGAUAUCUGCACAAUCAUAUUUAACUAUAUAACCUGUAAUUCUGUAUAAAGCAAUCCAAAAUCCAUUUAAAAACAAAAUGGCAACCCAAUUAUGUUUAUUGUAGUCAUAGCUUAUAUAUUACUAAAUAUAUAUAUAUUUACUGUUAAAAAUAUUAAAUAAAACACGCCGGUAUUUAAAGGAAGGCAGUUUUAUAACUACUA